AUGAAGGCUGGACCCGAUGAUGUGUUUUGGUUUGUGGAGAUGCAUUUCCUUCCUUCGCGUCUGCCGAAGUGGUCUCUUCAGGAGUAUCCACGUAUCCUCAUAUGCGGGGAGCGCGUCAUAACUGUUGGCAUCCUAUUCAACGCGGCUGGCAACUGCACGGCGCUGCCUCUCGUCGUUCUACGCCCUGAUGAGCGCCCCGACAGCAGCAGGAUAAACCCGGGUGAACUCGAGGUGGUCGUGCGCUACACGAAGAGCGGAAGAUUGACCCCCGAGAUAUUCACAGAGUACAUGGACGAGAUAAACAACGAUCAUUUCAGCAAGGACCGGAGAGUGGUCAUCCUCGUGUGCAACGAGGGGCAUCGCAUCACGGAGCCAGUUUUGGGACACCUGCACGGCACGUUUGGGGCUGGGAUGUACGAGCCGUUGGUGUCGACCACAGUUGAUUUGCAGAUGUUGAUCGAGCAGUUCAAGAUUGAGCUCGGUACUUAUAUGAGCGCCGUUGAGUAUGUGGAUUGCGACGAGACACUCUUGGAGGAAGCGGGUAUCGAGUUUGAGCCGGUUUCCAGUGGUUCUGGUGGCGGCGGAGGGGAAUUGUGCAUCCCCGAAGGACCACUGAUGCGGGACCCACGUAGCAGGAGGCGCGUGAUUCGUUCUGUGACUCAGGCGUACACACGCCAUGCCGAUGCGCUCGGCAUCCCCCCUGCAUCUGUGCCUGCUGAAGUUGGCGCGCUGAACCAGGAGGUUAUUAGUCGUCUGCGCAGGACUCCGGUGAAGCGUUCCCGCACAGCCGUGACGCCUGACGAAGGGUCGUCGUUGGCGUAA